AUGACUGCCGGAACUACCAUCAGAGUGCCGCAUCUGGGCGGAAUCAAUGCCGGCUACCGUCUCUCCAACGGCGCCGUCGACCCCGCCAAGCCUACCGUUGUGCUCAUCAACUCUAUGUGCACGACCACCUCUCUGUUCAACUCACAGUUUAGCAACACUGCUCUCACCGAUGCUGCCAACCUACUGGCCAUUGAGCCUCUUGGCCACGGAUCCACUGAGUGCUCAGCAGAGAACUACACCUACUGGGACACCGCCAUCAUGGCCGUCCAGGUGUUGGAUGCCCUCGGUAUCAAGAAAGCUUUUGCUCUGGGUACCAGCCAGGGAGGCUGGAUCGUCACAAGAAUGGCUCUUGUUGCCCCUGAGAAGAUUCAGGGUUUGUUGAUUCUUGGCACCUCGCUCGACUACGAGUCUGCGGCCUCCCGAGAAAAGGGUUGCUGGGAUCCCGCAACAACGCUGGGCCCAGUCGUUGACACCCUUUACAGCAAGGAACCAACCCCAGACUUCCUCAUUGACGAGGGUCUGCGUGAGAGCGUUGUGAACAUUGGUUUCUCCGGUGUAAUCUCCCCUGAAGACGUCGAAAUGUGGAAGACGACACUCAACAAGAUCUACUCCGGGGACGAAGGACGCAAGAAGCUGCGUGGAGCCUUUGUCAAUCUUUUGGAGAGAGAUGGCUUGUUGAGACGAGCGGCAGAUGUCAAGUGCCCUGUCUACUGGCUUCAGGGUAACCAAGAUCCGGUAUUCGGUGUUGAGGUACCAAAAGAGCACAUCAAGGCCUUCUCAGGCUCUGUAGAGACAGAGCUGUCUUUCACUGACGGUGGCCACUACCUCAACGCUACCACUCCCAAGGAUGUGGACGCGAAAUUACUUCAGCUGAUUAACAAGUACUCUGCUUUGUAA